ACUCCCCCUCUCUCGCUUGAAUGCUGAACCCAUCUCGUUAAUCUUCUUCCUUCCUUCUCCCCUUUCAUUCAAAUUUCCCUAUUCAAUUGCUUUCCUUCCACUCUCUGAGUUGCGAUCUAGGGUUUUACCAAACAACUGAGAAAUCCAUGGCGGUGAACAAACAAUGCCACUCCACAAAACCCUAAUUCCGGGUUCAAACAUGAGCCAUGGAGGCGACGGAGGAGAAAGAGCUGCCGCCGACGACUUCGGCCGCGCCGCGGCGAAGGUCGCAGUAUCGCAGCUAUGUGAAUCCCAAGGGUUUCACGCCGUGAGAACCUCAGCUCUGGAUUCCUUAGCCGACGUCGCAAUCCGGUACCUCGUUGACCUGGGGAAGAUCGCGGAGCUCUACGCAAACCUCUCCGGCAGAUCGCAUUGCUCCGUCUUUGAUUUGAUUCGAGGGUUUGAGGACCUGGAAGCGCCGCGAGGGUUUUCCGGUGGCGCCGGAUUGAAGGAGAUCGUGAAUUAUGUGGAAGCGGUGGAUGAGGUUCCGUUUGCUCAGCCGAUUCCUCAGUUUCCGGUGAUUCGGGAGCGGAGGAGCAUCCCGAGUUUUGACCAGAUGGGUGAGACGCCGCCGGGAAAGCAUAUACCUGCUUGGUUGCCAGCUUUGCCGGAUCCUCAUACUUACAUUCACACGCCGGUGUGGGAUGAGAGGGUUUCUGAUCCUCGUGAGGAUAAGAUUGAACAGGCGCGGCAGCGCCGGAAGGCGGAGAGGUCGUUGUUGAGCUUGCAGAAGCGGUUGUUGUUGUGUAAUGGUUCGGCAGAAACCACCACAACUACUAACACUGCUGCUGCUACUAAUGCUACACCUACUGGUGUUGCUAUGGAUCCUGGAAGGGCUGAUAAAGAUGUUUCUCCGGUUAAGAUUCCGGCGGUUUCGGAUGGGAGCCGUGUUUCUGUGUUGGAGGCUUUUGCUCCUGCGAUUGAGGUUCUAGGGAGUAGUAGUUUGUGUGAUGAUGAUGGGGUUGAGGGGAGAAUGGUGGUUCCUGCUGCGAGGCCGACUGUGCAUUUUAAGUUCAGAACUGGGAAGAAGCUCAUUGGGGAAUCUUUGGAUGCUAGACUUCAGAAGAAGGAUGCUGCUUCGCGAGCGGCGUCGUUGGGUGGCAGAGAAGAUGAGAGGGAUGAUAAGAAGAGGAGGGCUGAGUAUAUUCUCAGACAGUCUAUAGAAAACCCACAAGAACUGACUCUGUUGUAGAUUCAUUAGUGUUUACAUUGGAGAGAGUUGGCAUUAUCCGCAGGGCUGAGGGGUUACUCAAUACUCACUAGUUAAGGGCAUGCUGAUCUUCUGGUGAGGAUUCUGCGACUUACCUGUAGAAUCACUCUUGAGUUUUUAAGUUUUGUUUAGAUCAGUUAGAUUGGUUUCCUUUCUUGUCAGUUUAGCUCUAAUUUACUUACAGAUUUUUCAAUGUAAAGCUCUUCUCCACAUCCCAUGUUGUAUUUUACUUACUGAAUUCAACUGAAUCGGCGUACUCAAUUUUGUGUGCA